AGUGCAGCAGUAGAAAUCAGGUACAGGGAGACAGGAGGGAUUCUCAAGCUGAGGCUACAGGCACCCGGCACACAGCACUUUCUCACACAUCAAAACCGAGGGAAGAAAUGCUUCUUUCUUUGGGCUUGACAUAAAUAUCACCCCCAAGGAGCCAGUACAAGAAUAAGAUGGCCCGAAAUUCCAUCCACUGGUUCCGGAAGGGCCUCCGUCUCCAUGACAACCCAGCGCUACGGGAGGCUGUCCGCGGGGCGGACACAGUGCGCUGCGUUUACUUCCUGGACCCAUGGUUUGCGGGCUCCUCCAACGUCGGGGUCAACAGGUGGAGGUUUCUCCUCCAGUGUUUGGAGGAUCUGGACGCCAACCUUCGGAAACUGAACUCCCGCCUUUUUGUCAUCAGGGGCCAACCAGCCAACGUGUUCCCACGGCUCUUUAAGGAGUGGAAGAUCUCUCGGCUAACCUUCGAAUACGACUCGGAGCCUUUCGGGAAGGAGAGGGACGCUGCCAUCAAGAAGCUGGCCAUGGAGGCAGGGGUGGAGGUCAACGUCAAGAUAUCGCACACCCUCUAUGACCUGGACAAGAUCAUAGAGCUGAAUGGCGGGCAGCCUCCUCUCACCUACAAGCGUUUCCAGACCCUGAUCAGUCGACUGGAUCCUCCGGAGAUGCCCGUGGAGACGCUGUCAGACACCCUGAUGGGCCACUGCGUCACCCCCAUCUCUGAGGACCACGGAGACAAGUAUGGGGUCCCAUCCCUGGAGGAGCUAGGCUUUGACAUUGAGGGCCUGCCCUCAGCGGUGUGGCCAGGAGGAGAGACCGAGGCUCUGACCAGGAUAGAGCGCCACCUGGAGAGAAAAGCAUGGGUGGCUAAUUUUGAGCGCCCCAGGAUGAACGCCAACUCGUUACUGGCCAGCCCAACAGGCCUCAGCCCCUACCUGCGCUUCGGAUGCCUCUCCUGUCGCCUCUUCUACUUCAAGCUGACUGACCUCUACCGCAAGGUGAAGAAGAACAGCUCCCCUCCGCUCUCUCUGUACGGCCAGUUACUAUGGCGCGAGUUCUUCUACACGGCGGCGACGAACAACCCACGUUUUGACAAGAUGGAGGGUAACCCCAUCUGCGUCCGCAUCCCCUGGGACAAAAACCCAGAAGCGCUCGCCAAGUGGGCCGAGGCCAAGACGGGCUUUCCCUGGAUAGACGCUAUCAUGACUCAGCUGAGGCAGGAGGGCUGGAUCCAUCACUUGGCCAGGCACGCAGUGGCCUGCUUCCUCACCAGGGGCGACCUGUGGAUCAGCUGGGAGGAAGGGAUGAAGGUCUUUGAGGAGCUGCUUCUAGAUGCAGACUGGAGCGUGAACGCAGGCAGCUGGAUGUGGCUGUCCUGCAGUUCAUUCUUCCAGCAGUUUUUCCACUGCUACUGCCCCGUGGGCUUCGGACGGCGCACCGACCCCAACGGGGACUUCAUCAGACGAUACUUACCUGUCCUCCGAGGUUUCCCCGCUAAGUUCAUCUACGACCCGUGGAACGCUCCGGAGUCCGUGCAGGCAGCCGCCAAGUGCAUCAUCGGCGUCCAUUACCCGAAGCCCAUGGUGCAUCACGCCGAGGCGAGCCGACUCAACAUCGAGAGAAUGAAACAGAUCUACCAGCAACUUAGCCGAUACAGAGGACUGGGCCUGCUGGCAUCAGUGCCAUCCACGAAUGGGAACGGCAAUGGAGGAAUGAUGGCCUACUCUCCUGGAGAGCAGCAGCCAGGGACCAACAACAACAACUCACAUUUGCCUGGAGUGUCGGGGAGCUCCGUUGCGACGGGUAACGGCAGCGGGAGCAUCCUACUCAACUUUGACAACGAGGAACAGACGCGGCCCAGCAGCGUUGGGCAACAGCAACAGCGACUGCAACCGCUGCCACAUCAACAACAACAACAACAACAACAACAGCAACAGCAACAACAGCAUGGAUACCACUCAGUGCCAGACGCCAGCCAGACCAUCACCAGCAGCCGACUCUACCACGAGUUUGCUGUGCCUCAACACCCAGGACUCCUCUUGCACACCAGAGGCAGCAUCACAGGAAAGCGGGAGCGCGAGUCGGAACGUGACGGGUCAGGAGAGGAAGACCCGGCUUCCUACUCCAUGCAUAAGAUGCAGAGGCAAAGUGCAGAGACUACCUAGAGCAGGCGGAGACGAGACUGUCUGAAUCCACACUGGUCACCAUCCGGGCAGCAGGAUAUAGUGGAAAUCCCAACGUCGCCACCUGUCCUCAAAACAAAACGCAGCUCCAGACACGACCGCCUCCUCCUCAGACAAACCUUAAACUUCUCUUUCUGUCUUAACAGAAAACCCCCCACCCCACCCCCCACCCCCCAAACCUGGGGUGUAAACACAAAGGUGAAAAUGUGAUCUCUGGCUCUUGACACAGUUUCUUACAAUGGCGUUUAUAUCACAGUCCGUCAACCUCUGACCUCUUUGUAGUUGCAUGCUGACAGGUGUGACAACCUCAGAAGAAUGUGCAAAGAAACAAAAACACCUCAAACUUACAGCUCGACGAAUCAUUUUUAAAAAAUAAAUAAAUAAAAUAAAAUAAAAUAAAAAAACAUUACAUUAUUGUCUUAAAACUGCUGCCACCAGCCAGUAUAUACUACACAAACACUGAAGCAGCUAUAAGUGUAAGUAAUGUAAUACUUAGUGGGUUUUUUUUUUUUUUUUUUUUAAAGCUGCAGAUUCUCCAUCAAAAACCUUGUCUGCCCUUUAAUACAUCAAUAUUAAAUCAAGCUUUUUGUGUCAAGGUUUACAGAGAAUUUUUUGUACUUUUACUACAGCUUUGUAUUAUUUACAUCCCACAAUGUUAACCAGGAAAACAGAACACAAGCUCACUUAUAACAUGUUUUGUCACAAAUGAAACUUCAAAUUGGAAAACCUGCCGUUUAUACUGAUAAAGUAUUUGUUGUCAAGAUUAAACACUUUUACAUAAGGCUGAUUAGAGUUUUUAAAAAGUAGUUUAUUUCCCAGGAGAUAACAAUCUGUACAUCCCAAAAAAAAAUAAAAAAUGAUAGACUGGUUUUAGUAAUCUUUAAACUGUUAUGUUACUGUGUUUUUUUUUUUGUUUUGUUUGUUUUUACCAGACUAAAAUGAUAAGAAGCACAUAUGUAUUCACAGUAACAGCCUGGCUGGUCGUUUCAGGGACUUUGCUGAAAAUAUCCGCGUAAACUUCUCUGCUUCAGUCUCACUAGUUUGCAUGUGAAUAAUAAUAAAUAGCUCUUCAGGUACAGGGUCCAGCUGGUGAGCAAGCGUGAUAAUCCUCCUCCUUAACACAAGUGCGACUAUUCACAAUUGAUUUCAUGGGAACAUCUACCACUGCCUGGUUAGUGUGUGAUCACUUGAUUUGUAUCGGCAGCUAAAAACAGUGAUUCGUAUAGUUUUUUUUUUCCAGUGUUUAAGAUGUACAGUUUGUGAAUAUCAGACUUAUGUAUAUGGUUAACAAACCGUCUUUAAAGGUGUGUUUACAGUGUCUCAGUGUGGAUUAGUUAGCGGACGUUUUGUCGGGUCACUCUGCCUGUAAAACCGCCUUUAGAAGAAUGGCAUUAUGGAUUGUAUAGUUGCCAUCGUGGAGUCUCUGAGCUCACAUGUAGCUGAACACUUUUUAGAAGUAAAACUUUUCUUCAAAAGAACCAUCAAGUAAGCAUGUUGCAGAUUUUUUUUUAAUAUAUAAAUGGAUUUAGAUCCUGAUCCUUUCACACAUAUAGAUUUUCACAAUUCCCAUUAACAUCAGUCAAACAUGAGCAGGCUCUGUUCUGUAAAGUUAUUGGGGAUUACACACCAUCUUCAUCUUUAGUUUCAAGUGUUGCUUUUGUCAUCUCUGCGGUUUCACACCUUCAAAUUAACAGUAAAUCGUUGUAAAAUAGACAUUUUUUUCACUGCUGUUGACCAUCAGAGCCUGGACGAUCCUUCUCCAAUGUUCUCAAUUUUACUUCACCCUUCAAAAGUCAGUCACAUUUUCACCUUUUGUUUCCCCCCAACAAAAAUGCCUCAAUGUCCACAGAAGUUUCAAGACAAAUAACUCUAUACAGAGUAUCUCUGAAUAUUUAACAUUUCUUUUGUUUGUUUUUUUUUUUGUUUUUUGUUCUGUGAAACUCGAGCAACAACCAAAAAACAAAUUACAGCGUUGAUGUGGGAGAGGAAGUGAUUUGAGGUAACGUUCGUCAAAAAUCCAGAGGACACAGAACUCAGGCGGUUGGUUCCAGUCUCCUCUCAAAGGUGUCACAUUUUUUUAAGAUUUCUUAUAAAAACCAAAAAAAAAGUUGAUAAACAAACUGGAAGGAAGAAACUAAAACAACAAGUUUGAGUCGACACAAUAAAAGGCUGGCGACAGCAUCUGAUCCAAAUGAGCCUUCCAAAUUCUGUCAGCGAAACAGAAACCGACAUUCCUCAGAAACAAGAGUACCCUCCUGAUGAAGGAUUUCUACUACUGUACAAGGAGUUUAACUAUACAUAAAGACUAAGUACAGCUGCUGGUGACAUUUUGCGACCUGGAUUUAUUUGAAACUGAAGUCUGACUGAACAUUGAGGAGUGACAGCGCCGCAGAACAGCUGAGGAAUAACAGCCACACACUCAGAUACAUUGAUUGAUAGUAAACAAAUGAGAAGGGUCACAAAAUGGUCUCCGGGAAGUCGUCUGGGAGGAUUUGUUUAAGCAUUGGGAAGAUGAACGUUGGCAUCUCAUUUAGGCUCCAUCCACCCUCCACUAUCACCUUUACUCCUGGUGAGAAGAAUGCAGUUGAAUUCAACCAGAGCAUGUACGAUUCCCCCUGUAAAAUACACCCAGCAGCUUCUUGUGCUGAUGUUAAUACCACACACACACACACACACACACACACACACACACACACACUGUAACAUACUAUAAAUUCUCAACAACAAAAAAAAUCAUCAAUUUACUGGCGCCUGAACCAACAACUAGCACCAGCAAAUUAAUUCUGUCAUCUUCUACUUUGCCAUGUUUUCAUUAUAAUACACUUCCUGUCACUGUUUCACAAUAAAAGCUCUCAGAGGGAAGGUUGCGCCCUGCCAAGCUGGAGCCGUUUUAAUGUGAAACUUAUGGACGAAGUGUUGAAUUUAGUAUUAACAGCAGACAAUAAUAAUUAACGCUACAGAUCAGAAAACAGGGAGGCUUUGUGUUAAAAUAUUCUCAUAAAAAGAGUCUCUGUCUCAGAUUGUAAAGGUCUGGUAUAUUUGAGAAUUUAAAGUAAACACAUACAUAUACAUUUAUCAUGAAUUAUGUUCCAGCACCAGGCUUUUACACACCACACGCACACAUACUUUCACAUGGUUGAAACACACAACUCCUCAAACACUCAAUUAAACACCCACACACACACACACACACACACACACACACACACACACACACAUACUUUCACAUGGUUGAAACACACACACAGCCUUUGUAAUGGUUAGAUGGGAGAGAACAGUGAGUUUCAUGAGGUCUGCUGGAAACCCCAAUCUGCCAUUGAGGAGUGUAACGUCACUAUGAAGAAAUUACCAAUGAAUUGGCUAUUAGAAACAAUACCUUCUGUGCCCACUUGUAUGUUGUGAGCAAAGCUGACAAACAGUGAAGAAACUUUUGUUCUUCCCCCAAAUUAUUAAUUACAGCUUCAAAAACUUCACAUACUGUUACUCCUACAUACUGUAGAUUCUAUAGACCCUGAGUGUCAAAAUACGUCAGGUGUCUUCUCAUAAAGUGACAAAUAAAAAAACUAGAUGAAGAAAUGAAAAUUGAUGAGUAAACAUUUGUCACUAUUGCAACAGACACCAAAAAGGGAACACAUAGGCCCUUUUUCUGGCUUUUAGCAGUAAGCAUUUAUAUUCCUGAAAUUAAUUGACACAGUCUUGAUUUGAAAAAUCCUGCAGAUUGGGGGUGUAGAUGUAAGUUCGGGUUUCAGUGGAGUUGCAAAGACUCAUGUUUGUGUACAGUACUCAAUAUUUGUUCAUCUGUGAUCAUACUUGGCUUCAGGAGUAACGUAGAGGGUGGGGUGGGUGGGGAAGGAUAAAAAGUAUUGUAGUGUGUCUGUAUUAUAAUUCUGUAUGUUCUCAAGAGGAUUUGAACAUUGAUAGUUUUUUUGUAGCUUUUAUCACAAUGGAAAAACAAGUUGAACCAAGUUUUUAUUCUUGCUUUUUCUUUUCUUUUUUUUUUGUUUUCUUUUGUUUUUUUGUUCGUUCUCCCUUCUGUGACAUGAAGGUGAAUGAUGCCAUGUAUCAUCUCUGUAAUAUUGUGCUCUUUCUCUGUCUCUCCUUGUGUUGUGAAAGGCUUUUCUCGUGCUUGAUCAAGUUCAUGACAGGAAAUUAAAAUUGUUACAACGCGA